CAAGCAUAAAUGGCUAGAGGUCGGUGUAGAGCCUGUAUUUUGUUUCUUCCUGCUGGAGUAAUUUACAGGCUGCUGAAAUGGCGGGCACCCAGGAUCCACACAAACAUGCGCAAUGCGAGGAGAUGCAGAGGAAAAUUGAACUUCUGGAGCGCGACAGAACCGCAGAAUAUGAGACGUCACAGGCUCUUCUGAAGAAGAAGAAAGACAACAUCCGCCAGCUGAGGGAAGAGAACAGGAAGCUCUAUAAGAAAGUUAUAGAAUCUGAUUUUGACCCCUCGAUCAGCCGAGACAAACUGGUGCGCAAGAUCAUGGAGAAAACAAAUCGCCUCAACGCCAUGAAGCACAGAAAUAAGACCUGGAAGAGCCAGCUGGAGAAUAUGAAGAAGGAGUACCAGAGGAUGAAGCCCAAAGGCAACCUCGGUCUGCCCGACGAUGCCAUGAAACUUCGUGAUUUGGACACCAGACUGAAGAAAACUCAGCUGAAAAUCGACGAGGCUGAAGACUUGCAAACCUACUACAUGAAGGUCAAGAGACACUUACAGGAGGAGAGUGUCUGCUUCCAGAGCCAACUGGACAGUCUGCAAGACGAGAUCACUCGGGACAAAAAGGAGCUGACAAGCUUGGAGGUCAUGAACAAGAAAGCCCAGAUGGCUAAAGACACCGUGAAGGCUGAGUUGCAACAGCAGGAGGAGCUUCUCUCCAAAGAGCGACAAGAGCGGGAUAAUUUCAUAGCAAGCUACAACAGGAAGAUCGAGGAGAGGAAGGCUCGAGCCAGACGACAAGCCAAAAAAAACCAAAGAGGAAGUGCUGCGUCUGAUGACAUGGUCACCACUUGGGAGGAAGAUAAAAACACAGCCGUGCUAGAGACUUUCCAGCAGAUCAAAGAGGCUAUUGGAGUCAGGGACGCUGAGGAUCUGGUUCAGAAGUUUAGCUCUCAAAAGAAAACCCAGGAGCAUCUGGAGAAGAUGAAGGAAGAGAGCGUGAAAGUGCUCAUGCAUCUGAAGAGGCGGAGGGAGCAGCUGCUCCAGCAGUUUGAAGACAUGAAGAAUGCUGAAGAAGCAGACAACUCCAGAGAGCUGCGGAGUCUGGAGGAGAGCGAGCAGAAUCUGCUGGUUGAGGUCCAAAGGUUCGAUGCAGCCACUGACCAGCGGGACAAGGUUUUCAAAAUCCUCAGCACUGUUCGGGCUGGAGUGCGGCACAUCGCAGACAAACUUCAACAAGUUCCACUUGUGCAGGAGGUUUACCCCGAAGUGUCUCCGGACUCAGACCAGUACGUGUUGGUGCAGAUGAUCCAAUGUGAGAUGAAGCUGAAACUACUACAAGGGGAACUUGAAGGAGAAGAUGAGGCUGAUAUUUUGAGGGAGAUGGAAGAACAAAAGUUCUUCAUGAAAGUAGAAGAGGACCUGCCGGAUGAGAACACACGAGCGAGGCUGCCUGAUGACGAGACGCUUGAGAUUCAUGAAGAGGAGGUUGAAAGUGACGAGGAAGACGCUAACAUUGUCACCAAGGAGGAACUGAAGAACAGGUCCAAUCAGAUCAUCGAGGCCAAGUCACAGAUAAAACAUCGUUCCACAAAUGAAGUCGGAAUCAGCCGUUAUCUUGGGGGCGAAGCUUUAGAGGACCAUCUGAGUGGAGUCAAAAAUACGGGUGAUAAAUGAGACAGGAGGUGAAGAAGCACCACGGGGACGAGGAAGGAGCCCUGUGGAACACCACGAGAGAAAAGUUGAAUCAUCUGGCACUUUGAUCAACAGAGUGUGUACAAUGUAUUUGUUCAGCCAAAAAUAUAUAUCUGGCAACGUGAAGUUUUAGGAACAAUUCAACUUGAAACAAUGUAUUCUAAAUGUUUUCAGCUACACAAACACUAGUAGUUUGUGUGAAGUAUCACUCUCAAAACCUUCAACAGGUGGGAACAUACAGUAUAUAGAUUUGCCUGGUUCCAAAUACCACAUGACAUCAUUAGUCAUUGAUUUACUGUAGAAGUAUUGUAAUGUUUUCAGUCAUAGCAGGAGUAGUUUUUUUUCAGUUCCAUUCAUUGUCACUUACUUGUGGCUCCUCAUAGUUUACAUACUCUAUUUGCUUCAUCAUUGAUAAAGAUCAAGAUGGAGCAGAGUGAAAAACAGUUCUGGUUUCUGCCUCAAUUGUGUUUUUGUUCACAUUUCUUUUUGCAAACAGAUGCCCCUUAUUUUUUUAUAUAUAUAGUUAUGGUUUUAAAGCUGAAUGUGGAUGCAUCUGUUUUUGUUUUUUUUUAAAUGUAAUUUUUAAAAAUGUAUUCGUGUCAUGAUUCUUAUGCUCUUGUUGGCCAUCCAAGUAAUUUCUGCCACAGCUUUUUAGGUUAAAAAUAAUAAAAAUAAAAUAAUAGUAUAAAUAAUAAAUAUAUAAUAUAAAUAAUAAAAUACUAAUAUAUAAUAAUAGUAAUAAAUAGUAAAUAAUAAAAUUAAAUUCAUUGUGGUGUUCAGCCCUAUUGCCACUGAGUUCCUUUUUUUCCCCUCUGUAUAUUUCCAUCUUAUAUUUCCAUUGUAUCUUCUCUGUUAAUCGACAUUAUUUAUUAGUUUUUGCCACAUCUCUGCUACUUAACUAAUUUUGGCUCUGUACAAACUGUCCAUUGAGAAAACCAAACAGUAGCCGUUGAACAUCUUGGCUGUUCAAAAUGUACUGAGUGUAUUGCCAUCAGGUUCUGUGUGACAUUAUUUCCUCUUAGCUUCCUGAUCGAUUCGGCAUCAACCUUUGUAUUUUUCACGGGUAAAUUGUGUUCCAUUUCUCGGUGUGACUCAGAACCUGAGGUGACGUUCUGCGGACGACCGCAGCAACACCUUAAAGCACUUGUGCUAUGUGCUGCCUCCAGGCUUGUCCUGCCACUCUGCCCAAACAAGUUGAUGGACCUGUUUUUAACACUUGACUUCUCGCUAAAUCAAACGUACAACCUCCCCAAUGUCCUUGUGCAAAGUCCAAGAAUGUUCUGUACCUUUUGUGGUGAAGCUCAUUAUUUUCUUAUCUACCUGUUCUCAGUAAAAUCCUGUUUGAAAAUGUGUUGUUUGUGUUUAAGCUGUCCAAAUUAUUGCUGCAGAAUUGUUUUAUAUUGUUUGUUUGUCGUUGUUUUUCCCUUGUUGUUACCUCACAUGUAUUAAAUUAUAAAUAAUAUCUGUAUUUAAUAUUAAUAAUAUCAAUUACUUUUUUGUUCUUGUUUUUUUAAUGCUGUUAGUAAAAUGCAACUUAAGUGUCUUUUGUAUAUUUAUCUUGAAUGACAAAGCACUUUAAUUU